GCUUAUAUCCAGCUUUUAUCGGUCUUUUUGACAGCAGUCGUGUAUGGUGUAAACACCCGAGAAGAAAACUCGACCGAAUCUCAUGUUUAAUCAGUAAUAUUUAUAUUUUUUGGUGUUCCUCAACACCUAGCAAAAUUCCGUCGUCAACGGAAUCAAAAAUUCAGGGGUCGGUGACGUCCAAACAGGGCGGAAGGUUGGUAUUCUUCACACAAAUCCCAGAGGGGUUCCUUCCAUUAGGAAAGCUUAACUUCAACGCAGAUCCGCCCUGGGAUCCCAGCUAACGUCGGUCAACAGCAAGUGUUCUCAAAGGCCAGAGUGCUUAUAUAUCCAAUCAUUUCUGACUCAACUUUCUACUCUAAUUUUUGACAAAAAUGAAGACAUAUAUUGGAAAUCAGUGUUCAGUAGAGUUACUCCCCUUUAGUAAACCAACUCCAACCAUUGUGGUGGAGCAAGUGGCUCUGUUUGAAAGAGAGGACCGAGAUGAUACCUUCAUUAUCUGUGACCUUGGUGAUAUCAUUAACAAGUACCAGCAAUGGGGACUGAUGUUGCCACGUGUUAAACCAUUCUAUGCCGUAAAAUGCAAUGACGAUUACGCUGUAUUGAAAGUUUUGGCUGACUGUGGCGCCAACUUUGACUGCGCUAGCAAGGCUGAAAUCCAGAAGGUUCUGAAACUUGGAGUUUCGCCCACACGUAUUGUGUAUGCCAACCCAUGUAAGCAGUCAUCCAUGUUAAAAUAUGCGGCAAAGAAGGAUGUGGCUAUGAUGACAUUUGAUAAUGAGGCAGAGCUUCAUAAAGUGAAAGCUCUUUACCCCAAUGCCAAGUUGGUGCUGAGAAUUCUGCCUCCCAGUAAUUUCAAGGUACAGUGUGAACUGGGUAUCAAGUUUGGAUGCCACCCAUCCAAGGCUCUUCCUCUUCUCCAAACAGCUCAGGCUCUUGGGCUCAAUGUCAUGGGCAUCAGUUUCCAUGUAGGCAGUGGUUGUGCUGAGGCGGAAGCCUUCUCAGUGGCCAUUCAGCAGGCUCGGGAAGUAUUUGACCUUGCAGCUGACAUGGGCUUCAACAUGACACUGCUUGACAUUGGUGGUGGUUACCCAGGACAAGAAGAUGCUCCCGUCACUUUCCAAGAGAUAGCUAAUGUAGUGAACAUGGCAUUAGACAAGUACUUCCCUGAAGAGGAAGGCGUGGAAAUCAUUGCCGAGCCAGGUCGCUACAUGGUUGCCUCAGCAUUCACCCUCGGUGUCAAUAUCAUCGCUAAACGUGUUGUAGCCAGGGACCAACAUGGUGAAAAUGGAGAGCUGAUGGAUGCCCCAAGCAUGUGUGAUGAGCCAGCUAUCAUGUACUAUGUUAAUGAUGGGGUGUAUGGGUCAUUUAAUUGUAUCCUGUUCGACCAUCAAACUGUCGUAGCCAACACCCUCAAAUCUACAGAGGAUGACAUGACCUACGAGAGUAGUAUAUGGGGCCCGACAUGCGACGGUAUAGACUGCAUCCUUCAGUCAGUGCAGCUACCAAUGCACGACAUCGGGGAGUGGCUCUAUUUCUGCGACAUGGGGGCCUACACAGUGGCAGCUGCUUCGAGUUUUAAUGGUAUGCAGGGACCAGCUAAAGUCUACUACUGCCUUGAAGAGAAAUGGAAUGAAGUGUAUACAGAUUUGCACACAAAGGCCUCAGGUGGCAUUCCCAUACAUAAGGUGCCACCCAUGAAGACCGGGCACAGUGUGCAUGACCCAUGCGUCCCAUCCCUCUUUGAAGACAUGCUACCUUCCUCGUUUAAUGAGGGCUUCGUCGUUGGUGACAUGGCAGACCAUUGACUUAUUUGCACUGAAUUCACAUGAUAUGGCUUCAUAUUUAGUCGAAGAUGUUUUUAUUUCUUUACUCUUUCCCUUUAGAUGUGUAUGUUUCAGAUGCUAUAAGAUAAAAAAAGUGUUUCAUUUUCAAAAUCCAUUACCAUAAAAAACACCAAAUAUUAGAUGUGAAGUCCCAUGUAAUUUUCUAUCUACUAUACAUACAUUUUGGUAGUAAUAUUUCAAGUUUCAAUUUAAAUGUUUCGUAUGUUUUUAAUUAAAAGAUUGGCUCACUAAAACACCAUAUGAGUCAAAUGUAUUAUAACUUAAAGUUAAAGCUAACAUCUCAAAAACUAAAAUUUAAGAAUUUAAACCAUGUAAAGAAGAACCAUUUGAGAUGUGCUUGUUAAAAAUUAAAAAAAAAAUAAAAAAAAAGCAAACCAAGAAUUAUCCUUGUUUAUGGUAAAAGGAUUUCACCAUAUCUUUUUACUAGUAAACUACUAAGUGAGUCAUUAUUUCAUCCAUGUUUAGAUUUUAGAACUAUUUUGGGAUUUGUAUUUGAAUUUCAUUUUUCUUGGGUAAUAUAUAAUGCACAAAUUUUACAUAUAAAAUACUUGCUUAUUUGAAAAUAGACAUUUUACAUUUUUUACAUUUUAAAAAGAUACAUGGAAGAUCUCCAGUGUGAUUAUAUAUCACAAUAUUUACAACGUCUAUAUUAUUUCACCUUUUAGCACUUUUUCUACCCCUAUCUCUAGGGAAAUCUUUCAGAACAGAAUGGAUAUAUAAGUGCUGAGAACACUUGCUGAAUUAACCUGGCCUUGUGCAUUUUUUUUUUUAGCUGUUUAGUAUUUUUCAUUUUACUUUUUUCUUCUUCAUUAAAAUAGUAUGUACUGCUGCUGUUGUCCAAUAAAAUAUACUGGGUA